AUGUGGCCUAAACGCAAGACUUCUGGUCAGGUUGACACUAAAGAAGAAAAGCCUCCCGAGAUUGACUCAGGAUGGAAGUCCUUGUUUGCGUUCACGACUCGAAGACAUCUACCGACUCUCAUACUCGGGUCUAUCUUCGCCCUGGUUGCGAGUUGUGUUACGCCGGCGCUCGCAGUCUUCCUCGGCAAUGUUUUUGAUGCAUUUAAUUCUUUUGGUGCUCAAAAGACCGAUGCCCAAGAGCUUAGCAACAAAAUUAUCACAAAUUGUUUCGGGAUGAUAGGACUGGGCACGGCUGGUUGGUUCUUGAACGGUGGAUACUAUGCUCUGUUCGUUGUGUUUGGGGAAAUGCAAGCCUGCAAUAUUCGAAGCCAAGUGUUUCUGAAGUUGCUCAGGCACGACGUUGAAUGGUUUGAGGCCAAAAGUGAAGGCUCAGGGGCAUUGCUGUCGGGAAUCCAAGCAUACAUCCACGAAAUGCAAAUGGCAACUUCGCAGCCGCUCGGCCUCGUACUACAAUACUCGUGCCGCUCACUAGCUUCGCUAGGACUAGGCUUUUACACAUCAUGGAGCCUCUCUCUAGUAACCCUUGCGGGCAUCCCCAUCUUUACUUCGAUUAUCGGGUUCCUCUCUUCCAGAAUGAAGUUCAGUAUCACCGCACAACAGGUCGAGCUCACGGAGGCUUCCAAAGUUGCUAACAAUGCAAUCACGAAUAUCGAUACAGUCAAAUGCCUCAAUGGACAAGCCUUUGAGCAUGGGAACUUUGCCGAGCGGAUUGAGAGAUCCGCCACACAUUACCUUCGACAAGCUCGGUUGAAUGCUUUACAAGUUGCGUUCAUCCGGUGGAUGAUGUUCGCUAUGUUUGUACAGGGAUUUUGGUAUGGAAGCUCGCUUGCUCGUGCUGAAAAGCUCACGUCGGGAGAAGUGCUCAGAACCUUCUGGGCCUGCCUGACCGCAGCCCAGUCCAUCGAGCAGAUUCUGCCGCAGAUGAUCGUAAUGGAAAAAGGGAAAGUCGCUGGAGUGGCCCUCAAAGCCAUAAUACAGAGCCACAGAGAAGAUAAUAUCAUUACUGGGGUGGAGGGAAAACGCUAUCCGGAGCAUUGCGAAGGUGAUAUCGAGGUCAAAAACGUAUCAUUUUCAUACCCCAGCCAGCCCGAUCAAUGUGUCCUCAAGCCCUCAAGCUUCUUCUUCCCUGCGGGAGAGACAACAUUUGUGAUUGGGAAAAGCGGCUCCGGCAAGAGUACUCUCAGCCAAUUGUUGAUGCGAUUCUACUUACCAACCUCCGGAGAUAUUCUAAUUGAUCACAUUCCAAUGCAAGAACUUGAUAUCAACUGGAUCCGGAACAACAUCACUCUGGUGGAGCAAAAGAGUGUUCUCUUCAAUGAGUCUGUCAUCACCAACAUCGCCUUUGGUCGCCAGGAUCAUGAAUCCGUUGGAGAGCAAGACGUCAAAAAUCCGAUUGAGCUAGCCAUGCUAGAGAACACGAUAGCUGGUCUCCCAAAAGGACUUGAUACCUGCGUAGGCCCGGGCGGAACAUUUUUGAGUGGUGGUCAAAGGCAACGAGUCGCAAUUGCUAGAGCAAAGUUACGCGACACCCCGAUCCUGAUCCUGGACGAACCCACUAGUGCUCUUGAUCACGAAAACCGAGUCGCAGUGAUGAAGGCAAUCCGUGAAUGGAGGAAAGGCAAGACCACCAUUAUCAUAACUCAUGAUAUGUCACAAAUACAGGAACGGGACUUCCUGUACAUCCUCGAACAGGGCUCAAUCGUGAAAUCAGGCUACAGAUAUGUAGUUGAGGCUAGUGCAGGGAGCGAGAAGUAUUUCCCUGCAAAGCUUAGGGAAAGCCGAGAGGACAAGACUAGGAAAAGCACAGCUUUGGAUGAUAUGGAUGAUGCGUGGGACGACUCAUCGUCGGAGGGCUGGGACAACUUACGGGUCCCAAUGGCUUCAUUCGGACUCCGUCGUUCCCGGACAUCCUGGGCGCAUGGCCAUAUCCCUCCAAGUCUUCGCUCAGGCUCACUGGACUUGACCUCCAGGCGCAAUUCGGAGUAUUUUGUCAGAGGUAGGGUUUCCCCCAGAUCGCCCUUGCAAGAUUGGAGCAAACGCUUGUCUUUCAUGGCAGAAGUACCAGGUUCCCGCAAAGACCCCAAAGGAAUGACCACCGAAUUUCCUGCGGAAGAAGUCGAACUGGUUCAGAUCGAUGAUCAUCGGUCCAGGUCGGAUCAAUGCCCUCCCCAACAUACUAGCGAACCUCCGUCGGGUCUAGAACACAGCAAAAAGUCACAUCGCCAUCGAAAGAAACCAAAAGAGUGGGACAUGGAGAAAGAGGAGAUGACGCCGCUCUCUCAUAUCAUGGGCACUAUUCUCUCGACUCUGACUCUUCGGCAGCGAGUCAUUCUCUUUCUAGGAUUCGCAGCAGCACUGGUCCAUGCAAGCGCAACGCCGAUGUUCUCAUAUUGUUUGUCGCAGCUAUUUGGAACGUUUUAUUCUGGAUCCAAUAGUGAACACUUAACAAUGACAUGGUCACUGGCUGUGCUAGGAGUGUCCUUCGGGGAUGGUCUUGCGUCCUUUUUCAUGCAUUACUUCCUGGAAAUAUGCGCCGAAGCUUGGAUGGACUCCUUUAGAAAGAAUGCUUUCCAACGUAUUCUCGAUCAGCCACGAGCAUGGUUUGAGAAGGAUGGCAAUGGAUCUUUGAGACUCACCUCAUCUCUCGACCAGAAUGGAGAAGACAUGCGAAACUUACUCGGCCGUUUUGCUGGCCUUGUGGUUGUUGCUGCUGCAAUUACUGUCAUGGCAAUUAUCUGGAGCUUGGUUGUCUGCUGGAAAUUGACACUCGUUGCUCUUUCGUGUGGACCGGUCAUCUAUGUGAUCACCCGGGGCUUUGAGGGAACCAAUGGAUUAUGGGAAAGACGAUGCAACGAUGCGAACAAUAUCGCCGCCGAUAUCUUUACUGAGGCCUUUUCGGAGAUCCGUACCGUUAGGACUUUGACACUUGAAGGACAUUUCCAUCGCAAACAAGCCAACGCGAUCGCACGGUGCUUGUUUCUGGGUUUGAAACGUGCCAUUUAUACAGGCAUGCUUUUCGGUCUGGUGGAAUCAACUGUCGUAUUUUCAACAGCUUUGAUCUUCUACUAUGGAGCGGUACUUGCAGCAUCUCGCGAGUUCAAUGUGAACGAUGUCAUGAUGGUCUUUUCAAUGCUCCUUUUCAGUAUUGGAUACGCAGCCCAGAUUCUCUCGUGGAUUCCACAAAUCAACGGCUCUCGGGAGAUAGCCACAAAUCUCAUUCGACUCGCGAGGCUACCACAAGAUGGAUCCCACGAGCAUCUUGGCAGCCUGACAGUUCCAAGUCUCACACCUAUCACCCUGACCAAGGUGAAUUUCCGAUAUCCCUCUCGGCCAAAUACCAUAGUUUUGAAGGACCUCUCAAUCUCAAUCCCACGCAAUUCCUGUACGGCGCUCGUAGGACGAUCUGGGUCAGGCAAAUCGACAAUCGCAUCGUUGCUCCUAGCGCUUUACGAGGCCCCGGUAUCCGCCACCGGGACAUCAACAGUGGCACUUGGUGGUGCAGAUAUUCUCCGCCUGCAUGUGCCGACUCUCCGCUCACAGAUCUCCAUCGUAUCGCAGCAGCCCACGAUUUUCCCGGGCACCAUCCAUGAAAACAUCAGUUACGGUCUUGACCAGUACUCACCCAUGGCGUCGUCGCACAGUGUCCGCACUGCAGCUCAAGGAGCAGGAAUAGAUGACUUCAUAUCUUCGCUCCCUCGGGGUUACAAUACUGUGAUUGGAGACGGCGGAGUUGGCUUUUCAGGUGGCCAAAAGCAGCGCGUAGUUAUUGCACGAGCUCUUCUGCGUCGACCCCAGAUCUUGAUACUUGAUGAAGCGACAUCUAGUCUGGAUCCCGCCGGUGCCGAGAUCGUGCGCCGAACAGUGCAAAAGUUAGUGGCUGAGCGUAAGGGGCUUACUGUCAUCAUUAUCACACACGCAAAGGAAAUGAUCGAGAUCGCAAAUCACGUCGUUGUGCUGGAUCAGGGAGUUGUCGUUGAGGACGGCCCAUAUCGAGUUCUGGCAAAAAGGAAGAAUGGAAAGUUAUACGCCUUGCUCAGUGAUCCAGAAGAAGUGGGUGGAUAG